UUUCUUUUUCUUGUUUUAAUGAGAGAUCAUAUGUAUGCUCACCAUUAACAAGCGAUUAAUUAUGUGUGUAUAUUAGAAUGGGUUGAGAUUGGUUGAGGUGGACCUAAUUUUGUAACCGAAAGCAACCAUAGUGGUUUAUUCUUUGCUUAGAGGUUGCGUGGCUUUUUGGGUGUCGGAUUACAUAAACAUUAUAUGCAGUAGUUUCCACAUCCAUACAAUUAAGUUCCUUGGUCCCGCAUGCGUAGUAUUUGGCACCCAUUCAGUGGCUGGGGGGCCAAAUACACUUGGUAUUUCCACUUGGAUCGGCCGAAGUGAAGUAGUAGCCGCAUUAAUCAAUUGCCCUCAAAUUCGAUAUGGAAAUAGUGAAGCUACGGAGAGUGAUUCUCUCUUGUAAUUACAUGCUGAAACGUCCCACAAUCAAUCCCACUGUUUGCUUUUGCUUUUGCUUUUGCUUUGGCAGAGGAAGAGGAACUAGAGACUUUAACUCCCUGUCUUUAGCCAUCAGAAAUGCUGCUGCUUCUUCUUCACCUUCUAAAGCAUUACACCUCUACUCACAAAUGCAUCGCCAAUCCCUCCCCUUGGAUUCUUUCUCCUUACUCUUCACUAUCAAAGCCUGUACUCAUUUGCACAAACUCUCCCUCAUCCGCCACCUCCAUGCCCAUCUUCUCAAGCUAGGUUUCUUUUCUCACGUUUACGUUUCCUCUUCGCUUCUACAUGCUUAUGUCGUUGCCUCCUUCGCUGAUGCUCGCGUCCUGUUUGAUGAAAUGCCCCACAGAAACACUGUUACGUGGAAUACCAUGAUUACUGGCUAUUCAAAGUCGGGAGAUUUAGAGACAGCGCGUUCUCUCUUUGAGAUAAUGCCUUCGAGGGAUCUUGCUUCCUGGUCUGCCAUGAUCGCUGCUUACAUCAACAAUGACCAUUGGGCCACCGGGUUAACACAUUUCCGCCAAAUGAUUGCGAUUGACCAAUUAAAACCUGACCAAGUCACCCUCGGAUCCAUUUUAACCAAGUGUGCUCACAUGGGUUCAAUUGGGUUGCGGCUGGGAAAGUCAAUUCACGGGUUUACUGUGAGAAACAAUUGGGAGUUGAAUGUGGAACUUGGUACCGUUCUGGUUGACAUGUACGCCAAGUGUGGACUAUUAAACAAUGCUUGCCAAGUCUUUGAUAUGAUGCAAGACAGGAAUGUCGUGACUUGGACUGCAUUGAUUUGUGGGUCUGCACAACAUGGCUACGGCAACAAAGCGUUGACUAUAUUUGAGAUAAUGAAAGAAAUGGGUGUUAGACCCAAUGAAUUAACAUUCACGGGGAUCCUUAGCGGUUGUGCACAAGCAGGGCUGGUUGAGGAGGGCCGAAGAUAUUUUAAAUUGAUUGAAGAGUACGGGUUAAAGCCAAGAAUUCAGCAUUACGGUUGCAUGGUCGAUUUGCUUGGAAAGGCGGGGCUGUUAGGGGAGGCGUAUGAGGUUAUUAGGACAAUGAGCCUCGAACCCAAUGUUGUUGUGUGGAGCUCCUUCCUGUCGGCUUGUAAGGUACAUAAGCAGUUUGAGAUGGUGGAAAGAGUGGUGGAGCGGGUUCUGAGAAUGGUAAAGCCAAAAGAUGAUGGAGGGGUUUACACUCUCAUUUCUGAUUUGUAUAUCUUGAGUAAUAAGUGGGAUGACGCUGAAAGAAUCAGGAAGCUAAUGGUUAACCAAAACGUGAAGAAGGCAAGAGGGUCUAGUUUCAUCUGAAGUUGAACAGCUUUCAUCCCUUUGUGAAGGCUCUUGAACUUGGGGCAGAACUUCAGCAAGUACAUCUGCAAAUUAAACUCCAACCCAAGCUUCUCUGGCAGCACACAAGAGAGAGAUCUAGAAGAACGGUCUAACAAAAACGAGCUGUACGCUCAAUGGUGAGAAUGAUUGGGGGUUUCACUGUUUCAGACCUUGUGCCAUAGGUCAACUCUUGUUGACCACUAUGAUUUUCUUAAUUUACAUGUUUAAAUCAGGUAAACUUAAUGAUGGAAGGUUAUAAGCCAAAAAGAGAUGUUAUGCUUUGAUUGGAGGGAUGAAAAAAAAGAUUGGGGGGGGGUGUGGAUGGAUGGGGGAUACUUAGGAAAGCAAAGGUAUCUCCCUCACUUUUUGUUUGGUUGGAUGGAAUGGAUAGUAGAAAAAAUGGAUGUGGUGACAUUUAUAUAUGAUAAUUAUUUAAGCUUAAUGUGAUAGUUGUAAACUUUGUGUUGUAUCUAAUUUUGUGGAUGGAUAAACGCCUACUGCAAAGGCACAUUAUAUAGGGAAAUUGGAAAAUGGGAAGGUCUUUG